AUUAAAUUCACAUUGGCAUGUUAGCUCCGACAAGCUGACAAUAGUACAUCCGAAAGCAACUGCCAAUGCGCUUACCUCAGCUGUACUUGUUGCUAGCUCCAACGGCUAAAUCUUUAUCAGCCUCGCUUUGCAAAAGAAUAGUCUUAGUUAUUUUUUUUCCUUGUUACACUGCCUCUCUAUCAUGAACGCGUCUGGUCUGAAUAUUUUCGUCUAGCUUACUGCUUUCAAUGCCUUAAUUAGCUAUGCCCCUAGUUAGUCGUGAUGGCAAAGGACGGAAUUCUAGUAAACAUCGAGAGACACGCAGUAAUUGACAUGGCUCUCUUGCAAGAUGCUAAUCAUAGAAUAAUUAAUCAAUCUCGUUUGACAGAACGACUCACGAUGGCGCAUUCGACUAUUUGAAGCCCCGAAACCCCCAAGAGGUUUGGGUAGAUGGGAACACACUCCCCAGUCAUACAUAGGAAAGUCAAACCUAACACGAUGUUUCGCAUUCAAUCUUCCGUCGCUAGCACGCUCUUGCUGGGUAGCUGUGUUGCUACAUACGACACUCUAUUAGGGUUUAAUGGCGCUCCCGAGGUCGAAACCAGGACUAUCGACGAGAUAUACACGGCCGCAGUAGCUGAGGGCGGCAUUGUGACUUGCUGGCACGGCGGCGACGAGGCCAUGCAACAGGAUGCCCUCAAGGCCGCGUUCGAAGCACGCUUCCCCAAGAUGACCCUCAACCUCACCGUUGACUUGUCCAAGUACCAAGACAGCGACAUAGACCGACAACUUGCCACUGACAGUGUGUACGUCGAUAGCAUCAUCCUGCAGACAGUACAAGACUACCCCCGCUGGGACCAGGAAGGGGCCAUUCUGCGCUACAUGCCUAUGGACUACAAAAUUCUAUAUCCGCAAUUCAGAGACAUUCACGGCGCCUGGCACGCAACUGGCGUCUACCCGUACACAUUUACCUGGCACAUGGAUCGCAUUCCCGACGGCCCGAUGGAGUUUGAGGAUUUCCUGAAGCCCGAGUUCAAGGGGAAGUUGGUGCUUACUUAUCCAACCGACGACGACGUUACUCUCUACGCUAUGGACCUGAUUCUCCAAGAGUUCGGCCUGGAAUGGUUCGACGCGCUACUAGCACAGAGACCACAUUGGGUUCGCGGCACACAAACCGCUGCAACACUCCUAUUCACUCCUAACUGCACGGCUGGCGCAACAUUCACUACCGUCGUAGGCCUGAACCCCGGUGCACCCCUCAACGUCUCGAUCCCAACAAAAGGCCACUUUGCCACGUGGGCACAGCGAGCCGCCAUUCUCAAAGACGCGCCGCAUCCCGAGGGCGCCAAGCUGUUGCACAACUUUCUCAUCAGCGAGGAGUACCAGCGCAAUACGGGGGUCUGGAGCGUGCGCCGCGACGUCCCCGCGCCUUUUGGGUUCCCCGAACUCGUGGAUAUCCCUGCGACCGACCCUGCGCAGUUCGAGCGCUUUAUGGCGGAUCGUGAGCGUGUUGAGAGAUUGCGCUUUUUCUUUGAGAGUAAGAUUGGGACGCCACAGGGUCCGAGUUCUCUGAUCGAUGGUAUUUAGUAGUGGGGGGGGGGGACUCUGGUAAUCACUGAGAUAUGCCUGUGGGAAAUCCUGCUUCCCUUUAUCAUCUCUGUUUCUUUUGUUUCAAAAUUUCUGAAGACAAUUAUGAAGUUUCUGCAGCAUAUAGAACCGCCAAUGGCUUUUCAUAAACAAUUCCGACUAAUUCCUAAAUUGGUGUUGAGCUGCAGCCAUGCCCACUUCAGCUGGCCGCGGUAUCUGCACACUGUAUAUACCCCAAAACACACUUCAAUCGGGGGUCGCAAAGUGGAAAGUUGUCGUAGGUUGCUGGUUAGCCCCCUUUUCAACUAUGCUUUCUAAAAGUAUAACGUCGAUAAAAUCGCCAAGUUUCACGUAUCCUUAAGUGCGAGAAUCUUCAUAUAGACAACUUUACGUGCGAUUUAAUUGGUGGGAGUAUCGCGAUAGUUGAUGAAUAAGUCCGCGCAGGUAAUAAGAGUGAUGGAAGUGUUAUAAAAUCGAUGAAAUUGAUGAAUCGUGAGAGUUGUUGA